AUGACAUUCUCAGUGCUUGCGACCAGCUUCCGGCCAUCUGAGCUCGCUCAAAGGUGGUCCUGCGGCGAGAAUUUCUCCGCAAACCUCUGUUUCUGCCGCUGCUCCAAUCGAUGGUUCGUUUUCCAUCCGAGAGCAUUGGCGGCGUUCCUCCACUGCUUCUGGACCAUUCCCGACGACAAUCCAUCCACCAUCAGCUCCAUUUCAGAUCUGAGGACACAAGCAAGAUCAUGGAACAAAAAGGCUAAGCAUUCUCUUAAAACCAUCCAGACAAUAACUGGAGAUCUGUUUGACUGUGUUGAUAUGUAUAAGCAACCAGCAUUUGACCACCUUUUGUUGAAAAAUCACACUCUUCAGUUAAAACCAAGUAGUCUUCCAAAAGGAAUGAAGCUUACCAAAUCUAAAUCGGCGUCUUUUUAUGGAUUCAAUGAUACUUGUCCUUCUGGCACUGUGCUCGUCCACCGUACUCAGACACAAGAUUUAAUUGAGUCUAAACUCUUGAGAACCCAAUUUAGAGCACAAGCCGACAAAAAUGUGCCAGGAAAUCAUUAUGCAGUAAUUGAAACUCCAAGUGCUCAAUUUUAUGGAGCUUAUGCAAAAAUGGCAACUUAUAGACUUCCAAAUCUACAAACUGAUCAAGUAUCAUCCAGCAGUAUAUAUCUUUCUGGAGAUGCAAAAUCUCCAACCAAUAUGUUGGCAGCUGGUUGGCAUGUUUCAAACACCUAUUACGGUACCAGCUAUCCUCGAUUUUAUACUUUUUGGACUAGUGAUGGUAGUCAAAAAAUAGGAUGUUUUAAUUUGGAAUGUCCUGGUUUUGUUAGCACCACUAAUAUUUAUGGACCUGGAAGUUUUAUUCCUCAAUUUUCCACUUAUGGCGGUGAACAGAAAUAUCUAUCGAUACUAAUUGCUAAGGACUCUAAAACAAAUAAUUGGUGGGUUACAUAUAAUGAUGAGCUACCUCUUGGGUAUUUCCCCAAGGAAUUGGUUCCAAAGAUGAAUGAUUAUGCCGACUUCGUUCAACUGGGUGGGCAAGUUGUGACUCCCUUGGAUGUGCCAAGCCCUCCGAUGGGCAGUGGUCAUCCAAGUAAUGAAGGACCCAAUAAAGCUGCUUAUUUCAUCGACAUUCAGUUUGUUGAUCAGUCGAAUAAUUGGUUUUAUUUGAAUCCUAAGUCUAUUGCGCCUAAUGUUGAUAUCGAUCAUUAUUAUAAUAUAUCGGAUAAUAAGUAUGUAAAUAAUAAAUAUGUUUUUGUUUAUGGAGGAGCUGGAGGUUUCAAAUAA